CCUUAUUGGGCUUCUUACAGAUCUGAGUCUGCUCAGAUGAAACUUAACUAAGGGGCUACAAAUAGCUUCCUAUAGUAGAAGAUUCAUGUACCGAUGUACUUUUAAGCUGAAAUUCCUUGUUCUGACUGCUUGUCCCAAUGGGAAUUACUGUUAUUAUUUUAGAGCAGAUUGACUAUAGUUCAGUGGGGUUGCAGGAGUGUCUAUCAAAACGACCUCCCAAAGCCACACAAUCCCCAGCUUAUUAGGCAGCAAAGUCAAAAUCGCUACUUGUAUAUGUAGGCAACCCUGUUUUCCAACAAUUUACACCCCUGAUCCAACCCAAGUCAUGCCCCACAAUCCCAAACCCAUUUAUAUCACCACCCUGACCCCAAACAUCACCCCUAAUACUUGUUAUUACUUUCCCAAAUGUUUACACCUCUGAUUAAACACAAUCCACAUCAGUUUCCCUCAGUCCACCAAGUCAUGUAACACAAUCCCAACCACAUUUAUAUCACCACCCUGACCCAUACAUCACCCCUACUACCCGUUGUUACUUUACCAAACGUUUACACCCCUGACUCAACCCAAUUCCCACCAGUUUCCCCCAGUCCCCCAAGUCAUGUCUCACAAUCCCAACCCAUGUAUAUCACCGUCCUGACACAUACAUCACCCCAACUACCCGUUGUUACUUUCCCAACCGUUUACACCUUUGAUUCAACCCAAUUCCCACCAGUUGCCCCCAGUCCCCCAAGUCAUGUCCCACAAUCCCAACCCCAAUAAUAUCACCACCCUGACCCAUACAUCACCCCUACCACCCGUUUUUACUUUCCCAAAUGUUUACACCCCUGAUUAAACACAAUCCCCAUCAGUUUUCCUCAGUCCACCAAGCCAUGCCACACAAUCACAACCCCAUUUAUAUCUCCACUCUGACCCAUACAUCACCCCUACUACCCGUUGUUACUUUCCCCACCGUUUACACCCCUGAUUCAACCCUAUCCCCAGCAGUUUCCCCCAGUCCACCAAGACAUGUCCCACUGCCCUGCCCCCAUACAUCACCCCCGCUAUUUUACCAUAGAACUGGUGGCAACCCUGCGGGGGAAGCUAUGUGCUGACAUUACAAUCACUAGCACGGGGCAACUGCUUUAUAUUCUCGGCAAUUGCACUUGCAAGUCAAUUAAAGGUGCAAUUCCAAAAUAUACUUUCUGGUGGCACCUUAGCACACGUCAGAUUAGAACUAGAAUUUCAAUGCUUAGAGCAGCACUGAGGACCAGAGUGUGUUUGGCAGGGCCAUUUAUUUCCUGGAAAGUCACUUCCUUGUUCAUUAAAGAGCAAGUGAAACAAAGAUAUAAUGCCAGUGGCCCGCCUUUCUACAAGCCUCUGUGGGCGGAGAAGAGACAAUAAAGCUGUCUGUGACAUGAAGGGAGAUCACUGUGCAAUCACUGACACUCCUGAAUAGCCAUCAUCCUGCAGAUUAGCAGUAUGUCCUCUCCAUGCAGAAGCUUUGUGUUCCUUGACCUGGAAGCCACCGGCAUAAAUCACGACCUUCCAAAGAUAACAGAGCUUUGCCUGGUGGCCGUCCAUGUCUCUUCACUGGAGGAUCCAGAAACUGUUGAAUCAGAAGUGCAACUACCCCGUGUGCUGGACAAGCUUUGCCUGUGCGUGGAUCCAGCAAAGCCCAUCACAAAGGUAGCUAGUGACAUCACAGGGCUCAGUAAUGAAAAACUGACCAACUGCGAGAAGCCGUGCUUUGACCUGAACCUGGUUCAGCUUGUUAAGGAGUUUCUGAAUCGUCAAGCUCAGCCUGUCUGCCUGGUUGCUCACAAUGGGUUUUUCUAUGACUACCCCUUGCUCAAAGCAGAGUUCCAGCAGCAGAAUGAGGAACUGCCUAGUUCCUUGUUCUGUCUAGAUUCCCUCAAAGCUUUUCGGCAGCUUGACAAGCAAGACGGUAGAAACCAAAAGUUUGCCAAGGGGUUCCACUCUCUUUCAGAGAUCUAUCGGCGCUCAUUUGGGAAAGAACCCAUUGACUGUCACUAUGCAGAGGGUGAUGUACUGACUCUCAUCAAGGUUUUCAUGCAUAGGGCCAGCGAGUUUCUGGAGAUGGUCAAUUCCCAAUCCAAGAGGUGGAGUGAGAUCAGCCCUAUGUACAAAACAGGGAGUGCAAAUGAGCACACUAACUAACGCAUUGGUGGGGACUGAGCAGACGGUUCUUUUGGUGCCAAGAACCUCCCUGUGAAAUACUCCAUAAGAAAUGCAAUGGACCCCCUUCAGUCUGAAAAACAUAGGAUGUCUUGUUUAUUCUGUACAAGGAGGCACCGCCUGUGUCUGUUUUUAUUCUACAGUCCAACUAUUGUACUGAUUUUAAAUUAGAAUUAUGAACAUCGGCUGAAUAAUAAAGAGUUAACUAAC